UGAUAAUUACAACAGCAAGUCCAUACAAAAAUAAUUUCAUAUUGCUCCUUUAUUUUUAUCGGGAUUAGAGCUCACUUUUAUCCUCAUCCGUUUAAUUAACCGUUCAUUGGCGAUAGGUUGUGAUCUUACCAGGAAUCAACACAUCAAGCAUACACUUUAGCACUUAACCUCUCGAAAAAUGCGUGUGCUUGUGAGUUUUCUUCGAAAAGAAUUUCAAUUUUCCGAUCCAAUCCGACCCGUUAUAUUUGUGCCGGGUAUAACUGAGCUUCUGUUGAUAAUACUGUACAUUGUGGUGUUGAUUGUUUGAUCUAAAUACUACUUAAAAGAUGUGAAAAAAGCAUUCAUUAAAUGAAUACAUCUUUGCCGUAUGGGAUGAUCCCAACACAUACAUACACUUUGAAACAAAUGCUAAUCGAAUAGGCAACUCAAUCAAGACAAACUGCACUUUGAAUCUUUUUACGUCGUGCUCUCAAUCCGAGGUGAUCUUAUUAUCCACACAACUACAGCCAUAUUAUUCAUCUCUUCCUGGCGCAACCAUAUAUACUCUUUUGAAAAUAUGUGAAAUACUCUAUAAUACAACGAAGAAACAGUGACGAUGACACCCAUUUUGAAGUAGGCAUGAAACGCUUAAAUCCAAACAAACUGUGAAUCCGAUGAUGAUCAAAUGUUAAGACGCAAACAAAGUGUUUUAUUUAUUGGAGCAACAAAAACCUUGCUCCCAGAAUCAAUCGUAUAAAUUUGAUACACAACACUUCAGAUAAUUGAAUUACUAGAGUGAUCAACGAAGGCUAGAAAAAAACAACAAGACAAAUUUAUUUUGUUUAAAAGUUGAUCGAUUUAUAACGCUACAACGUGUAUAAAAAUCGUAUAAUUGGACAGCGUGUGAAAAUAAAUUUAUCGAUAUUAUAAGUAGUUAGAGGUGGUGUUCCAAUAUGGCACGAGUUUCAUCAUCGGAUAGUAAUGCGCCACCAAAGACUGGAUUUGGUGAUUCCGGAUCAAAAAAAUUGGAACGCUCUGGAUCCGAAAAUGGUGUACAAUUGAAAAAAGAGCUAGGUUUAUUGGAUGGUGUGGCAAUUAUUGUUGGCGUCAUUAUUGGCGCUGGUAUUUUUGUAUCACCCAAAGGAGUACUCGAUCAUUCUGGUUCAAUUGGGCAAGCAAUCAUUGUUUGGAUUCUUUCGGGUAUUUUGAGUAUGGUUGGUGCAUUAUGCUAUGCUGAAUUAGGUACAAUGAUUCCUCGUUCUGGUGGUGAUUAUGCUUAUAUUGGAGUUGCGUUUGGUCCAUUGCCAGCAUUUUUGUAUCUAUGGGUGGCUCUAUUAAUUCUAGUUCCAACGGGAAAUGCAAUCACAGCCAUAACAUUUGCACAAUAUUUAUUGCAACCAUUUUGGCCGACUUGCGAUGCACCAAUCGAAGCCGUUCGUAUCUUUGCUGCAAUUAUCACAUGCGUUUUGACUGUAAUCAAUUGUUAUAAUGUUAAGUGGGUGACUCGAGUAACGGAUAUUUUUACAACGACCAAAAUUGCUGCUCUAUUGUUGAUUGUUGCAUAUGGUGUGUGGCAUUUAAUGAAGGGAAAUACAGAAUAUUUUCAAGAGCCAAUGAAGGGAUCGAAAACCGAACCGGGAUAUAUUGCAUUAGCAUUUUAUAGUGGAUUAUUUUCGUAUUCCGGUUGGAAUUAUUUAAAUUUUGUCACCGAAGAACUAAGAGACCCAUACAAAAAUUUGCCACGCGCAAUUUGCAUCAGUAUGCCAGUGGUAACGAUUGUUUAUGUGAUAACAAACAUCGCGUAUUUUGCUACUCUCUCAUCGGAAGAAAUUUUAUCAUCUGACGCUGUCGCUGUGACAUUUGCGAAUAAGAUGAUGGGAUUUAUUGCAUGGGUUAUGCCAUUAUUUGUGGCCUGUUCAACGUUUGGAUCAUUAAAUGGUGCGAUAUUUGCGUCAUCUCGUUUAUUUUUCGUUGGUGCCCGUAAUGGUCAUUUGCCGGCUGCCAUUUCAUUGAUCAAUAUUAAUUGUUUGACACCAAUACCAUCGUUGAUACUAAUGUGCAUUCUUACAUUGGUUCUACUAUUCAUUCGUGAUGUAUUCGUGCUCAUCUAUUAUGUAUCAUAUGUGGAAGCCCUAUUCACAUUGAUCUCUAUAUCCGGAUUAUUAUGGAUGCGCCGAACGCAUCCGAAUGCAAAACGGCCAAUUCGUGUAAAUAUAUUGGUGCCGUUAACUUAUUUGCUUACCUGUAGUUUCCUUGUCAUAUCAUCAAUAUAUCAGUCGCCGGCCGCCGUCGGAAUUGCAACGUUAAUUACCAUGACUGGUAUUCCUAUAUACUAUAUAACAAUCCAUCGUCCUAUACCAUUUUUAACAAAAGUUUCACAUAACAUCAAUAUGUUUUGUGCGAAAUUAUUUUUGUGUGUUCCCAAUCAAGAGAAAUUCGAUUAACAUUUUGGAGAAAAUUAAUAAAAUUGAAGUUAAGUUGAAGUGAGCGCAAAGAAAACAUAUUAAUGUGACGAUAUUGUGACAAUAAUAAAUAUUUUCGAAUCAAAUAGAAUCAACCCAUUUCGAUGAAUGUAUUCACAAGUAAAUCAAGUGUCAAAUGUGUUAACGAAUGUCAACCUUUACAAACCAAAUGAUAAACAUUCUUUUUGUAAGUGAUAAAGUAAUAAUAGUUUCAUGUUAAAUUUUUGAAGAUAUUUUUUUUAAAUUAAAAAUUCUCAAAUUAUUUAAGUGAAUUCUCCAUUCUAUUUUAAAGAGUAGUAAUUUAAUUUUAAAAAUAUAUAAAUUUCACCGAACUUGUACGAUCUUAUUUUCGGCAGAAAGGCGAUUAUGAAUUUAAAUUGAAUUAAAUCAUCGCUCAUAAUCAGUUAUUUCAGUUUAAAUCAAUUCAUUUCCGCUGAACGAAGGCUCAUUUUUGAAUUUAUUCAAAAGACUCAUUCAUUAUCCAUUUAGAGAAUUUAGAGAAGAUUUAGAGAAAGUGCUAUUUGCUCAUAAGCACACAUAGAUAACAAACAAAAUUUCUCACAAAUUAACAAAAAAAAAAAAUAUCUACGCACGUUCAUCGUCUUUGUUAAUUCCAUGAUUCUUGUAAUAAAAUUCACAAACCAAAAUUAAA